UGUGUGCACGCAGGCUGCAAGGAAGUUGGUCUGUGGCAAAGCUUGUCUCUCUUUAUUUCUCACUUGCCAUCACUCUCUCAAUUUCCUGUUAUUUUUAUCCAUUAUCUUGUCUUGGGAUUGAAAGCUUAUUUGGAUCUAGACACACCCCUAGUGGUCUGACUGUGCACUGGACAGAAGUGCACUCUGAUCUGCUGUGUCACUAGUCGUGCUGGAAUAGUCGUGGAUCCUGCUGUACUGUAACUACUGAACACCCAUGCUGCGUGUGUUUAUCCUGUGUGCCCAGAAUGUGCUCACGCAUGAUGAAGACGUCAGUGAUGCCUACUGCACCAUCACUUAUGAAGGGGUGAAAAAGAAGACCAAAGUCAUCAAAAAUAAUGUCAACCCAGUGUGGAAUGAGGGCUUUGAGUGGGACUUGAAGGGUGUGCCCUUAGAUUCUGCAGCAGAGAUUCAUAUUGUCGUCAAGGACCAUGAGAAGAUGGGCAGAAAUAGGUUUCUGGGGGAAUGUCGGGUGGCUCUUCGUGAUGUGCUCAAUGCUCCAAACCUAGCAGCUACUUUUACUGUCUCUCUGCUCGAUACCAAAAGAAAUAUUACAGGGGCCACAGUAACCCUGCAGGUUUCCUACAUCCCUCCUCCAGGGAUGGCACCCAUAUUCCAGCCUCCUCCACAGCCAGAGGCCCAACACCCCCCCGUAGAGCUAGACACUGUUACAGUGUUCUCAUUGGACACUAUGGGGGAGGAGGACACUGAGAGUAUGCUUAUGAUGGAGGUGCUGGAGGAGCCCGAACCUGUUCCAGGACCUCAGGGUCAGGACAUCGGCAUCCCCACAGCACCACCGAAGAGAGCCCCUCCAAACUUUAACCACGGCCUAAAGAAAAAGAAGCGUCAGAGCAACAAAUUGCCACUGUCCAACAAACCACAGGACCUCCAGAUCCGUCUGCGCAUCAUCGAGGGAAGACAGCUGCCUGGUGUUAACAUUAAACCUGUUGUCAAAGUUACGGUUGGAGGCCAGACAAAGCGAACGCGCAUCAAAAAGGGCAAUAAUCCUGUUUUUGAUGAGACAUUCUUUUUGAACUUUUUUGAGAAACCUUCAGAUCUUUUUGAUGAACCCAUAUUUCUAACAGUAUUUGACUCCAGGUCACUACGCAAAGACUCUGUCAUUGGUGAAUUCAAGCUGGAUGUUGGCACGGUCUACAAUGAACACAAACAUGCUAUUCUGAGGAAAUGGCUGUUGCUUGCGGACCCGGAUGAUCUGUCGGCAGGGGCCAGGGGUUAUCUGAAGGCCAGUUUAUGUGUGCUGGCUGCCGGAGAUGAGCCUCCAAUGGAUAAGAAAGAGGGUCUGGAAGAAAAGGAGGAUAUUGAGGGGAACUUGUUGAGACCAGCUGGUCUUACACUAAGAGGAGCAGCUUUUACUAUCAGAGUGUACAGAGCAGAAGACUUUCCUCAGAUGGAUGAUGCUCUAAUGGACGGAGUGAAACAGUUUCUUGGCUUUGAGUCCAAUAGAAAGAACCUUGUGGAUCCACUGGUGGAGAUCAACUUUGCAGGAAAAUCGAUCGGUACUAAGAUUCUGGAGAAAAAUGCCAACCCUCAGUGGAACCAGAGUCUCACGCUACCCAUCAGAUUUCCAUCCAUGUGUGAAAAGAUGAGGAUACGAAUUUUAGAUUGGGAUCGAGCCAGCCACAAUGAUGUCAUUGGAACUACAAACUUGUGCAUGUCCAAAAUCUCAGCCCCCGGAGGAGAAAUUGAAGAUGAGUUUACUUCCAGGAGCAUCCACAGUACCAUGGAUGACAAUUUAGGCUUUUUGCCGACCUUUGGCCCAUGUUACAUCAAUCUGUAUGGGAGCCCGAGAGAAUUCACCGCCUUCUCAGACCCGCAUGAGGCAUUGAAUCUUGGAAAGGGAGAAGGUGUGGCUUAUCGAGGGCGCAUGCUUUUGGAGCUAAUAACAAAGCUUUCUGAUCAGGUGGAGCAAAAGGUUGAAGACAUACACUCUGAUGAUCUUCUGGUGGUGGAGAAAUUCAUGCGAAAGAGGAAAUACUCUCUGUUUGCUGCAUUCUACUCUGCCACUCUUCUUCAGGAUGUGGAUGAUGCUGUUCAGUUUGAAGUCAGUAUUGGUAACUAUGGCAACAAGUUUGACAACACCUGUCUGCCUCUGGCUUCCACCACUCAGUUCAGCAGGGCUGUGUUUGACGGUUGUCAUUAUUACUACCUGCCCUGGGGAAAUGUGAAACCUGUGGUGGUCUUGUCUUCAGAAUGGGAGGAAAUCAGUCCUCGCAUAGAGGCCCUAAACAUGCUGCUUAGCAUAGUCGACAGACUGGAGUCAAAUCUGGAGCAGGUCCAGCUGCAGUUGAAAGCAAGAAGUGAUGAACAGGAAGUGGAGCAGAGGGUUGUCCAGCUGCUUGAUGAUGUCAUAGCUGACUGCAGUGAGGAGCUCCCUGAGCUGAACAAAUGGUCCUGUGCGACUCAGCUGGAUAAAGCUCUGAGGAAUCUGAGAAAGAUUAAUAUGCAGCAGAUUGUGCAGGCUGCACUGGCACUCAAACACGGCCCUGAAACUGAACUGAGUGCAGUGCUGGAGCAGGCUGAGGACUGGACCCUGCGGCUACGCCAUCUCGCUGAGGAGCCUCAGAACAGUGUGCCAGAUAUAAUAAUCUGGAUGCUUCAGGGAGACAAAAGAGUGGCCUACCACAGAAUCCCUGCCCAUCAGGUUCUCUUUUCCAAUGGUUACUGUGGUAAACACUGUGGCCAACUUCAGACAGUUUUCAUGAAGUAUCCGCAGGAUGAGGGAGGAGACAGUAAGAUCCCAGCUCAGAUCCGACUGAAGGUUUGGUUUGGACUCAAUGCUGAUGUGAAGUUCUUCAACCAGUUUGCAGAAGGCAAACUAUCUGUGUUUGCAGAAACUUAUGAGAACCAGACUAAAUUAGCUCUGGUGGGGAACUGGGGUACGACGGGUCUGACUUACCCCAAGUUCAGUGAUGUGACUGGCAGGCUGAAACUAUCAAAAGAAAGCUUUAAACCUUCUCCAGGAUGGAGCUGGGCAGGAGACUGGUUUGUCAGUCCAGAGAAAACAAUGCUCUAUGACACCGAUGCAGGUCAUACAAGCUUUUUGGAGGAAGUGUUUGAAAAUCAGAUGCGUUUGCCUGGCGGGCAGUGGAUUGGCAUGCCAGAGGGCUACACAGAUGUGAAUGGAGAAAAAGCAGUGCCCAAAGAUGAGAUCGAGUGUCCUCCUGGCUGGGUUUGGGAGGAUAUUGAGUGGAGCGAGGAUCUGAAGCGUGCAGUGGAUGAUCAAGGGUGGGAAUAUGGAAUAACCCUCCCGCCCGACCGCCGGCCAAAGUCCUGGGUUCCAUCCGAGAAGAUGUACUACACCAACCGCCGCAGACGCUGGAUCCGACUUCGCCGUAGAGAUAUGCAGAAGAUGGAAGCACUUCGAAAACAGCGUCCGGACGAGUCAGAGCGUGAGGGCUGGGAAUAUACCUCUCUGGUUGGCUGGAAGUUUCACCUCAAGCAGAAGAAGACUGAUUCCUAUCGUCGCCGGCGCUGGAGACGUCGUAUGGAGCCAUUGGAAAAGACGGGGCCAGCCGCCAUCUUUGCUUUGGAGUGUUCACUGAGCAACAUUACUGAUGAAAAGAAUGACGAUAAGUCAAUUACGACGACGUUUGGCGUCAACCGCCCAACCAUCUCCUGCUUCUUUGAUAGCGGGACGUUGUAUCAUUUGCGAUGCUACUUGUAUCAGGCCAGAGACCUGAUGGCGAUGGAUAAGGACAGUUUUUCAGAUCCCUAUGCCACUGUAUCCUUCCUGCAUCAGAGCCAGAAGACGGUGACGGUUCGGAACACGCUCAACCCCACCUGGGACCAGACCCUAAUUUUCUAUGAAGUGGAAAUAUUUGGAGAUCCUCACGUGACUGAGCGGAGCCCUCCAAACAUUGUGGUGGAACUCCAUGAUCAGGACACAUAUGGUGCUGAUGAAUUUAUGGGGCGUUGUGUGUGCCAACCGUCAAUGAUGUCUUCCCCUCGUCUUGCCUGGUAUCCCAUCCAGAAAGGUGGGAAGGCUGCUGGAGAAAUGCUAGCUGCUUUCGAACUUAUCCGCAGAGAUAAGCCUGCAGUUCAUCACAUCCCUGGUCAAGAUGGGGAUAUGCCACCUUCACAUGUCAUGGACGAGCUUGUGCUUCCAGGGUUCAUCUCAGACAGUCAACAGCAAUGGCAAGAGGACUCAGAUCUGCCCUAUCCACCACCGCAGAGAGAACCUAAUGUCUACAUGGUGCCGCAGGGCAUAAAGCCUGUCCUGCAGCGCACUGGUAUCGAGAUUCUGGCGUGGGGUUUGCGUAACUUGAAGAGUUUCCAGUUGGCCAGUGUAACAUCUCCCAGUCUUCAGGUGGAAUGUGGAGGAUGUGUGGUUCAGUCAUGUGUCAUUCGAAAUUCUAAGAAGAACCCUAACUUUGAUAACAACAUCCUCUUCAUCGAUGUGCGACUGCCUAAGGAGGAGCUUUACAUGCCGCCACUGGUGAUCAAGGUUAUAGACAACCGGCAAUUUGGCAGGAGGCCAGUGGUGGGACAGUGCACGAUCCGCUCGCUGAAUGAGUUCCGCUGCAAGCCGGAGAGCCUGGAGAGAGACCCUACAGAAGAAGAGUUUGAAGAGGCAAUUGCUCCUACUCCUAGAGAUGAAGUUCUCAUUGAUAUUGAUGACAAGGAGCCUCUCAUUCCUGGUCAGGCAGACGGCACCAGCUCUGCCAUUAUUAACGUCUCGUCCUCACAGUCCAGUCUCCAUCAGGAUGAAUUUAUGGACUGGUGGAGCAAGUUUUAUGCCUCCACAGGUGAGAGGAACAAAUGUGGAAGUUACCUGGAGAAAGGAUUCGAUACACUGCAGGUGUAUGACACGGAGCUGGAAAAGGUUGAAGGAUUUGAGAAGCUGGCUGAUUUCUGUCAAACCUUCAAACUUUACCGUGGAAGAACCCAGAACGAGAGCGAAGAUCCGUCCAUUGUUGGAGAGUUCAAGGGCUUGUUUAAAAUCUAUCCACUGCCUGACGAUCCCUCGAUGCCCACGGUCCCGCGCCAGUUCCGCAAACUCCCACCAAACAGCACAGAGGAGUGUCUGGUACGCGUGUACAUAAUCCAGGCCUAUGGCCUACAGCCCAAAGAUGCCAAUGGCAAGUGUGACCCCUAUGUUAAGAUCACGCUUGGAAAGAAAUCAAUCGAUGACCACGACAAUUACAUACCCUGUACUCUGGACCCUGUCUUUGGAAAAAUGUUUGAGUUGACCUGCUCUCUGCCUCUGGAGAAGGACCUGAAGAUCACACUCUAUGAUUAUGACAUGAUAUCAAAAGAUGAGAAAAUAGGAGAAACCGUCAUCGAUCUGGAGAAUCGCUUUUUGUCCCGUCAUGGUGCUCGCUGCGGCCUGCCACAGUCCUACUGUCUGUCUGGGGUUAACCAGUGGCGAGAUCAGCUGAAACCUACCCAGUUACUUCAUCGUCUGUGCGAGAGACGAAACUACAAGCUUCCGGUCUAUAAGCAAGAUAGAGUCUACUUCAGAGGACAGGAAUACACCGUUGCUGAUCUUGAUGAUGGAAAAGCUCCUGACCCUCACCUGGGACUGGUUCAGGAGCGUCUCGCUCUUUUGGUGCUGAGGAGGCAGGGGCUGGUGCCUGAACACGUCGAGACAAGACCCCUCUACAGCCCCCUGCAGCCUGACAUAGAGCAGGGACGGUUACAAAUGUGGGUGGACUUGUUCCCUAAAUCUUUAGUCCCACCAGGGCCUCCGUUCAAUAUUACACCACGUAAAGCCAAAAAGUUCUUCCUGCGCUGUAUUAUAUGGAACACAAGAGAUGUUAUCCUGGAUGAUGUCAGUGUUACCGGGGAGAAGAUGAGUGACAUUUAUGUGAAAGGCUGGAUGCACGGGCAUGAAGAGAACAAGCCGAAGACAGACGUCCACUAUCGAUCUCUGGGUGGUGAAGGCAACUUUAAUUGGAGGUUCCUCUUCCCCUUCCAUUAUUUACCUGCUGAACAGCUUUGCACGUUUGAUAAGAAGGAGCAUUUCUGGAGUUUGGAUAAAGUUGAAACCAAACUGCCUCCUAAACUCACUAUCCAGGUCUGGGACAACGACAAGUUCUCCUUUGAUGAUUUCCUCGGCUGUUUGGAGAUGGAUCUCAACCACAUGCUGAGUCCAGCAAAAUCUCCAGAGAAAUGUGGUCUGGAGAUGCUUUCUCAGCCUCAAGACAGGCUGGUUUCUCUGUUUGAGCAGAAGACGGUUAAGGGCUGGUGGCCAUGCCUGAGCGACAGUAAAGGCGAGAAGAUACUUGCUGGAAAGGUGGAAAUGACUCUGGAAAUCGUCUCGGAGCAGGAGCAGGAAGAGAGACCAGCAGGACAUGGCAGAGAUGAGCCGAACAUGAAUCCUCAUCUUGAGGAGCCGCAGCGUCCUGAGACCUCAUUCCUCUGGUUCUCAUCCCCAUAUAAGACAUUUAGGUUCAUUGUAUGGAGGAGAUUUAGGUGGCUUAUUCUGGGCCUCUUUGUGCUCUUCUUCGUUGUUCUCUUCCUGGGAGUCUUUCUCUACGCCUUCCCUAACUAUGCUGCUAUGAAGAUGGUCGGACCCUUCAGUGGAUUGGGAAAGGGAACGCAGUAAGAAAGUGAUGGUGAUUUGGAAACACAGCCCUCCCUUUUCCCACCAUACCGAAACUCCAUCCACACAUCUUUAUCAGUCCUGCUGGAGAAACAUCAAGUUCUUCCUUGUGCAUACAGUGCGUACUUGUGACUUUCGACCCAAGAGGAAGCCGAAGACAGACACAGAAGAUGUGAAUCAUUGCGUGUGUGCCUUCAUGUAUGAAUUAGCCUGUUAUCAUUUCAAAUGCAUGAAUGCAAAACGUAUGCGUGUGCUAGUACAUGUAUCACAGACUAAGUUCUUUGCCCCGCAUCUGACCCAGGCCUGAACUUUCUCAGUAUUCUCUUUGACACUCACUUACACUUUCAUCUCUGCCUGUUUAAUCCUUUUUCAUGUCUCAUGUAAAACUCUGCGCUUUUGCUCACAGCCAGAUGCGUCUUUCUUCUUCCUUCACGCAGAGAGGGAUCGAGAGAACCGCCUCGUACCAUUCGUUCCUCCUUUCAACAGUGCCGGCUCUUUGGGUUAAACCCUGAUUUGUACUGUUGGCCUAUGAGGUCCGAGACAGGCUGGUUAUUAGCUGAGCCCCCGCUGUCAGUAAGCCCCCACCUCUGAUUAUUAUCACACUGUUAUUUUGCUUUAGCGAAAUCCUCACUAAAUGGAUUUGGGGUCAACUGCGGGUUGGCACUGCAUGUGUGUAUGUAUGUGUGCACUGCUGGAUGUGGAAGAGAGCGCGAGAUAAAAGAGUUGUUUACUUGUGUAAAUGUUGCGCUCACGCACAUGUGCCUUUUCGCAUUUGAUUGUGGAAGUAUGAAAAUGAACAGACACAUCUGGAAAAAGGUGCAAGGGUGCUAAAUAUUGCAAGGUAAAAUACACAUAUUGCUUGUUUUUUUUCCUGUGUGCUCUGCUCUUAUAUAGUUCAGUGAAUAUAUACCAACAAUUAUUAACCUAAUGCAUUAUCGAAGAGAUCUUGCUACAAAUAAUCUUUAUCCAUCACUCACACUUACUGAUAAAUGUCUAUCAUGGACUGGUAUAUUUCUUUUAUUUUCUGGAUAAUUAUAUGAAUUCAUGUAUAUACAGAAUAUAGAAAAUCCUAGUAGGUAGAGUGGGGCUAAAAAUCUAAAAAGAGUAAACAGCCAACAAAGUUCAUGUAAAUGCAAACCAAGCUUUCUCGCUGUACUUUAUGUGGAAUUCUGUUGUCUGUGCAAAUGUAAUGAUAGCUGAAUGCCUCAAAGGGGUAUAUGCACACAGGGUGAUGAUGUACUUAUGCUAAAAUCUCAACCAGCUAAGUCACUUCCGUUCUCAUAGCACUAAGGUCAUUUUUCACAAAGCGAUAUCUAUGUAGUUAGAAAACGUUAAAAUUUUUGCAAACAAUAUGAUUUGUCAUAUUUAUGAAUAUAGCUUGACAGAUAGCUUGAAGAGCUUCUCCUUUUUGGUUGUCGAUGAUUCAGGGUUUGCAUAAUUUGACUCAUGUCAUUGAUCAUAAUCCUACAGUAUGUGCAUCUUGAAGCGGCCAAGUGAAAAACACCACGUGCGCCGGAUGUAACAGAGCUGGCUGAGAAUUUUGCCGAAAUACGCCAUCGAUCCGUGUGCAUAUACCCCAUUACCUCAUUGGAACCAUGCUGUCUUCACGCUGAACAGGAAAUUUUAUAACAUCUCAGUUAAUCCGUAAAUCUGCAGGAUCUCCAUAAAUGUUUACAUAUAUGUUAAACAAAUGAAGGUUAAAGCGAAACGUUUUGAUCUGUACACAUAGUGAAUAGAUGCAUUCCUACACUAUUUUACUGAGUGACAGAAAGAAAAUAAGGACUUACAUUUUAUUUAGUUCAUGCUUCAUUUGUUCAGUGUUCAUUUUCUGAAUAUCUGUGCAUGUAUCUGCAAUAUCACUGAAAUGUAUUUCAUUUAUCAGGGAAAAAUGGCAAUAUUUGAUCUUUAAUAACAAAAAACAUACUGUAAACACUUGCAAGAUUCAUAAAUGACAGUAAAAGAUUUCCUCUCAAAUUGAAAAUGCGUGUUCAGUAGCUGCCUUUUUUUUUACAAAAUAAAAUUGGUGCCAAAGUUACAGUCUACACUGUAAAAAAACAACUAUAUGAUUUUUUUGGUGUAAAUUUGCGCACGUUUUUUAAAGUACAAAGUUUUUCCAAGUACUUUAAAAAACUGUGUGCAAAUUUUGCGCAAAUUUACACCAAAAAAUUAAGUAAAUCUUACUAGUUGUUUUUUACAGUAUACAGUGAUGAGUCAAUUGCACUUUUCAACCACUUUUUCAAUUUAUUGUCAUUGAAGACUGAUGGGUUGAAGUUAACUAGAUGGGAAUAAAGAUGUUACUACAUAUUGAUUCUUUUUUGUAUGUAAAGAUGAAUGCUGAGUGUCUUUCUGUUUUUAGCAAGUUACAGUUCCCUUAUUAUGACAAUCAAAAUGAUUUUUUGUAUAAUGAAACAAACUGAGUUAUGAUUUUAUUAUUUGAUUUGAUUUAUUAUUUUGCACUCUACUGUUAUGCUGCAUUGUUGGAUCUACUGUAAUUGCAUAAUACCGUAGCUUCUGCUAUCAUCAGGAAAUUAACUGUGCCAAAUCUAUAUGUGUAUCUUCCUAUGAGCACUGUUUAAUGUUUGAUGGUCAAAUAUACUGUAUACAGUUCAAAGCAUAUCCAUUUUUUACAAUUUCUUUCAUAUUUCUUUUUGAGCUAUAUGGAAAUUAUUAAUUGAUUGAAGCCUAAUCUAAGUAUUCCCUUAUUUGAACUGCUUAGCCAGCUCAAGCAAAUUCUACAACACAUGAGAAAACUAUACUGUAUAAUAAACGGCGAAAUCUGGAUUAUUAAACAGUACAGAUAGCACAGGUACAUCUGUAAGAUGUCUGCUAAAGAUCUGGAGAUCUGGAAUACAUCUGCUGUGUAAAGACAUCAGCUAAACAUCUUAGAAAGAGCUGUUGUACAUCCAUUCUAAAUCAUAAACAUCUUAUAGACAUCUUCUAGAGGUCUAUAUGACAUCUGACAGCAGAUGUCUCAGAGAUUUAGAGCAGAUGAGCAAACAGCAUCUGCCAGAUGUCUUGCAGAUGAAAAUGCAGACAUCAAAUAGAUGUCUGCCAGAUGUACGUGUGCGAUCAGGGUAGUACCUCAUAGGACAUGGACCACCUUGCAGUAUGUGCAUUUUAUCCUUGUAUUGCCAAGCCACAGUUUAGUACACACUGGUCAGGGUAUUUGACAUUUUGGUUAUGUGUAGGGUAGGCUCUUACAAGGGUCUUGUUAACUCUCUCUUAACAGUGUAGGGAGGAAAUGUUCAAUGUUAUAACGUUGUAAAUCUGGUGAUUAUGACAGUUUUUCGGGCACUGUAUUGUAAUGUAAUGUAGCAAAAUGUCAUGGAACCUCAUAGUACCCAUUACAAGAGAGUGAUAUAACUGACAGCCAGUGAAACCACAUCAUUACAGUAUACUCUGCUGUUUGGUUACGCCCCAGUCUGAAUGAGACCAGGGACUGAACAAUCACACACAAUCUAAUUUGAUGUGUGUGCUUUAUUAAUAAAGGCUGAGUACUGCCUGAUCUAAAGGUCUAAAGGAUCUUUUCCGGUUGUACACCCAAUAGCAUGCAUUCUGGAUUUCUCCCUAAACAAGCUAACUUGAUUCAACACAUCAGUUUGACGCUUACUGUAUAUGUCUGCAGGGACAGAACUGCCUCAUUGGCGUGUCAGAUUUUUUGUAUGAAGUUCUGUUGACAAGUUUUGUUUCGGCUAGGAGAAAUAAAAAAGACAUCAAAAGGCUCAGUACCUUCCCACAAUGUAAUAAGUUAGCUCUUGUGCAAGUAUUGUCCCACAGUUGUCCAUAAAGGAAGUGACAUCAUAGUUAUAUCCACCUACAACAAGAAGUCUGUAUUUUAUAAUAAAUAAGCGUAAAAAAUAUUCUC